AUGAUGUCCUGCUCUAGUGAUGUCCAUCUCAUGACGGACAAAAUCUCAGCACGGAUUCAUUGGAGUCACAAGCGUUGCGCCGAGAACCUAAUUGCGCAAAUUUACAGUUACGGUUCCAAGACAAUGCCCCUAUGGCUUCCGGUGGGGUCAACUUACAAAUCCCUUCCACUCUCCUCUUUAUACAAACGAAAAGCUAUCAAAGUCUGGAUCGAGAAGGAAAUAGAUCUCCUAAACUUGUCUUUUGAUGAUAUCGAGAGCUGUAUUGCAGAGCUGCAAAAGAUUCCACCAAAAACACGAUCUGUCAGCAUGAACUCACUACAUGGUAAUAUAUCUAUUUCUAGCAAGCGAGAAAAGAAGCGCCUUCCGCUCCUAAGCAGAAGUCCAAAGAAGGGAAAAAAGAAAGAGAGUGGUGAGCACAUGCGAUUUUAA